AUGCCACCGAUGCCAGGCUUCGCGUUGCAGAAGUCGAAGCAGAAGGCGCUGCUGCAGGCUAUGAGUAAUACCGGGAUGAAGGUCUUGAGAACGUUUGUAUCGUUCGAGGCCGCCGGCCAGAAGAACAAUGAUAGCUUGGAAACCAACGAUCUGGAGCAGAACGGCGUCGGUACCAGGGACGACACAAUCUUGAACCGCAUCGACCAGCUCAUGGUCAACGCACAUGCUGUCGGAAUCAAGCUGUUGAUAGCGCUUUAUGAUGUGAACUGGUUGAACUCCGGCUCAGUAUCAGCGUACGCCAAUUCAUAUGGCGUAGAAGGAUUCUACACCAAUCCCGAUACGAUCAACAACUUUUACCAGCGUAUCACCUAUAUAACCAAUAUCCACAAGAACGCUUUGUUGGGAAAUCAACCAUGGUCCGAGUUGGGAGGUUAUAUCUUUGGCUAUGAGCCUAUGAACGAACCUUCCUCAAGUCAUGUCGACUGGGUCUGCGGUGCAGCUCAACAGAUUCGUAACAAUGUGGGAGAUAGAAACCAGUUAAUUCUCUCCGGUGGAUUUUCAUGUGGUAGCGGAGAAUGCGCCCCGCCCUCGGAGUAUUUCAGCACCUCGUGCGCCGUGGAUGUCAUUGCAAUACAUGACUACAACGACGACUGGGAUGGCUUCCUGGGCACAGUUGUUGCAAACGCACAAAGUGCAGGAAAGAAAAUCAUCAUCGAGGAAUGGGGAUCCGAGUUCAGCUCCAAUGAUGGAUCACGCGUGGCCAAUAUGCAGAACAAUGUCCAGAAGAUCAACGAACACGACGUCUCUUGGCUGUAUUGGGAGCUCAUCACCAACAUAGAUCCUCACCAAGGACAGGACUUCGAGAUUGACGCCUUGAAUGGUCAAGAUUGGAGCACUCUAGAGAGCCUGUCGCGAUCUACCAUCGCCACCAAUAGCGCUUUCGACUUUUCUGCGUCCUUGGCGACGUGA